CGCGCGCAAGGCAGCGGCGUCUGGGGACCGGCGGCUCGUGGCGGUGGUGCUCGGCGGCGGCUCCUCGGCAGCAGGCAGCGAUGGACCUCGCGGCGACAGCGGAGCCGGGCACCGGCAGCCAGCACCAGGAGGUCCGCGAUGAAGUGGCCGAGAAAUGCCAGAAGCUGUUCCUGGACUUCCUGGAGGAGUUCCAGAGCAGCGAUGGUGAAAUUAAAUACUUGCAGUUAGCUGAGGAGCUGAUUCGUCCUGAGAGAAACACAUUGGUUGUGAGUUUUGCAGACCUGGAGCAAUAUAACCAGCAACUCUCCACCACCAUUCAAGAAGAGUUCUAUAGAGUCUACCCUUACCUGUGUCGCGCCUUGAAGACUUUUGUCAAAGACCGGAAAGAGAUCCCUCUUGCCAAGGAUUUUUAUGUUGCUUUCCAAGACCUACCUGCUAGACACAAGGAAGCUGGAACGCAGAACAGUGUUAUUUACGUUCGUAUUCAGGAGACUCAAGCUGAGCUUCCCCGAGGAAGCAUUCCCCGCAGUUUAGAAGUAAUCUUGAGGGCUGAAGCUGUGGAGUCAGCUCAAGCUGGUGACAAGUGUGACUUUACAGGGACGCUGAUUGUUGUACCUGACGUCUCUAAGCUUAGUACACCAGGAGCACGUGCAGAAACUAAUUCCCGUGUCAGUGGCACUGAUGGCUAUGAGACAGAAGGCAUUCGGGGACUCCGAGCCCUUGGUGUUAGGGAUCUUUCUUACCGGCUAGUCUUUCUUGCCUGUUGUGUUGCACCAACCAACCCACGUUUUGGCGGGAAAGAGCUCAGAGAUGAAGAACAGACAGCCGAGAGCAUUAAGAACCAAAUGACAGUGAAGGAGUGGGAGAAAGUUUUUGAAAUGAGCCAAGAUAAAAAUCUCUACCACAAUCUUUGUACCAGCCUGUUCCCUACUAUACAUGGCAAUGAUGAGGUAAAGCGAGGUGUCCUGCUGAUGCUCUUCGGUGGUGUUCCAAAGACAACAGGAGAAGGGACCUCUCUUCGAGGAGACAUAAAUGUUUGCAUUGUUGGUGACCCAAGUACAGCUAAGAGUCAGUUUCUCAAGCACGUGGAGGAGUUCAGCCCCAGAGCUGUCUACACCAGUGGCAAAGCAUCCAGUGCUGCUGGCUUAACAGCUGCCGUUGUGAGAGAUGAAGAAUCGCAUGAGUUUGUUAUUGAGGCUGGAGCUUUGAUGCUGGCUGAUAACGGUGUAUGUUGUAUUGAUGAAUUCGAUAAGAUGGAUGUGCGGGAUCAAGUUGCCAUUCAUGAAGCUAUGGAACAGCAGACCAUUUCCAUCACUAAAGCAGGAGUGAAGGCUACCCUGAAUGCCAGAACGUCCAUUUUGGCGGCAGCAAACCCAGUCAGUGGACACUAUGACAGGUCCAAGUCACUAAAGCAGAAUAUAAACUUGUCUGCUCCCAUUAUGUCUCGAUUUGAUCUCUUCUUUAUCCUGGUGGAUGAAUGUAACGAGGUUACAGAUUAUGCUAUUGCCAGGCGGAUAGUAGACUUGCAUUCAAGAAUUGAGGAGUCAAUUGACCGAGUCUACUCUCUUGAUGACAUCAGGAGAUACCUUCUUUUCGCCAGACAGUUCAAACCCAAGAUUUCCAAAGAGUCAGAGGACUUCAUUGUGGAGCAGUAUAAACGUCUUCGCCAGAGGGAUGGUUCUGGGGUAGCCAAGUCUUCAUGGAGGAUUACAGUGCGACAGCUGGAGAGCAUGAUCCGUCUCUCUGAAGCGAUGGCCCGCAUGCAUUGCUGUGAUGAGGUCCAGCCAAAACACGUGAAGGAAGCUUUUCGGUUACUAAAUAAGUCAAUCAUCCGUGUGGAAACACCUGAUGUCAAUCUAGACCAAGAAGAGGAGACGCAGAUGGAAGUUGAUGAGGGUCCAGAGGGUGUCAACGGUCAUGCUGACAGUCCUGCCCCUGUGAAUGGAAUCAAUGGCUACAGUGAGGACAUAAAUAAAGAUGCUGUUUCCAAAGCCUCCUUUAGGCUGGGCUUCUCUGAGUACUGCCGAAUCUCUAACCUCAUUGUGCUUCACCUCAGAAAAAUGGAAGAAGAGGAGGAUGAGUCAGCAUUAAAGAGGAGUGAACUUGUUAACUGGUACCUGAAGGAAAUUGAAUCAGAAAUAGACUCAGAAGAGGAACUUAUAAAUAAAAAGAGAAUGAUAGAGAAAGUCAUUCACCGCCUCACACACUACGACCACGUUCUCAUUGAACUCACCCAGGCUGGGCUGAAAGGCUCCACAGAGGGAAGUGAGAGCUAUGAAGAAGAUCCGUACCUGGUAGUUAACCCUAACUACCUGCUCGAAGACUGAGACGUGGAAAGUAACGGACAAGAGUCGAUGAACUGAGGAAAAGGAUCUUCCAGCCUGGAGUCCGGGUAUGGCUCUGCCAGAGAGAAGAAUGCAUUUGUUUUGUUUUUAAUUACUAUUUCUU